GAAGAAGAAGAAGCAGAAGCAGGAAGUGGUGUUCAGCUGCGAGAGACCAGCAGUGAAGUGUUGGAUUGGUUAGAAACUCAUUUUCACAGUUAGCUUGUCACUGCAGGAGGAAGAGCUGUUUUUAUAUUAGGAAACGUUCCUCUGUGUCACUUCCACUGUCAUUGCUCUUCGGGGGAAUAAAAUGGAGGGUUCCCUGCCUUCGUCCUCGCUGACGCUCCUGGUUCCACCUCUGAGGAUGAUGUCGGCUGUGAUGUGGAAGGUGGUUCGUCUGAGGAACAUCAAGCAUUAUGGGAAAGUGGAGGAGUUUGUGUCUUUGGUAACUGAAGCCAUCCCUGGCAUCUUGACAGACAGACAGAUGAGACUGCUCACUCUGGCCUUAAGAGCAAAGAUGACAUUACAGAUGUUAAGUUCUGAAGAGGCAGAGGAUCUCAAAGGUGUUCAAACACACUUGAACAGUCUUCUGCCAUCGAGCACAAAACAGGUUCAUUCAGGAAAUGAAGCUCUUGAAACCAACUUUGCAAGGCUUGUUCAAAGGCUCCUGGAGGACCCAAAAGGGAGAGAGCACUUCCUCAAGAAUGUGUUUCCUGUGGAGUAUGGCCCUGACUUUGAUACAGCUCUGGAGACAGUGGUUGGUGAGUUCUUCACCAGACUGGAACAGUUGCUGCUUAUACCAGACUUUAAAGAGACCGCAGUGUGGAUCAGUGAUACACCGUCUGUGCUAGAAGAGUACAUGCAGUGUGUAUCCAAAGCAGAUGACCUCAAAGUGCUGCUCAGAAGCAGGGCCCACUGUGAUAAAACAGCCAAGAUGGAUACCAGUGUGCCCUCUCUCCCAGAGCAGCGGCUCUUCUCAUCAUUAUCCCUCCCUCCUUCACCGCGAGAAACCAGUGCCACAGACAUGGACUCUAACACACAGACAUUUGAAAGCCAAGAAGAAUCUGAGGGGAUUUCUCCUCUGGAGGCCAGAGAUGUGAUGAUACAGGAUGCAACAUGGCUGCCUGAGGAAGACACUAACAUUCUGGACAGCAGCAACACAGAACAAACAGCAGGAGGAAAAUGCUGUCACAGCAUUCCUGACGUUCACGUUGUGGAGGAGUACGAGGGCCGAGCUCCCUCUACAUCUACUGAGAGCCCUGUAUUGUCCAGCUCUAGGAUUUGCCCUCCGAGGCGGAGAGUUGCACACAAAUGCACUCAGUGUGGAAAGUGCUUCAUUUACCGCUAUGAACUCCUGGAGCAUCAGAGGCUGCACACUGGAGAAAACCCCUACAAGUGCACUCAGUGUGGAAAGGCCUUCAGGAGGACCUCUGACCUGUCAACGCACAGGCGGACACAGUGCAUAAAAGCAGCAUAUAUUUGCAUCAAAUGUGGAAAUGGCUUUCAAUCUCUACAGGACAGAUUUAGACACAAGUGUGUUCACAGCGUCCAGAAGUUUGACUGUUCUCAGUGCGGAAAAAGCUUUAAGAAAAUGCAUUUGCUGGGUAAGCAUGAGCUGACUCACACCCAGAAUCGUAUCUUCACGUGCAGACAGUGUGGGGAAGUGUACCCCAGUAUGAGUGAGCUAAGAUCCCACCAGAAGAUCCAUCCUCCUGAGCUAUCCAAUCAGUGCAAGCAGUGUGGGAAGUUUUUCAGCUCUGUAGCCUGCUUGACAGCCCAUGAGGUGCGUCACAGGCAACAGAGAACGCAGAUUUGUGCAUGCUGUGGCAAAGCUUUCAAGAGCAAACACGACCUGAGCCUUCACAUGCGUAGUCACACAGGCGAGAGGCCGUUUCAGUGCACGUAUUGUGGGAAACGUUUCUCUGUGUCGGGAAACCUGAACAUACACAUAAGGAUCCACACUGGAGAGAAACCAUAUCUGUGCUCUGACUGCGGCAAGGCUUUUGUCUCAGCCGGCGAGCUGCAGAUACACCGACGCACCCACACAGGGGACAAGCCGUACAAGUGCACUGUAUGUGGGAGAGGAUUCACCAUGGCGAGCAAAGUGACACUUCAUAUGCGCGUUCACACCGGGGAGCGGCCGUAUGUCUGCCCCGAAUGUGGGAAGGGUUUUUCACGUGGCAGCGAAUUGAAAAAACAUACCAUGAACCAUACAGGGGUUCGACCCUACGCUUGUCAGCUGUGUGCAAAGACUUACACAUGCCUCAAUCACCUGAAGAGACACUUGAAAACUCACAGUGUCGUGCAAAACCAGUCAGUCUAAAUCCAGUGAUUACCAUGUGGCAUUUUUGUCAGAUGAGUAUUGCAUUGAGCAUUGCAGUAUUGACUUCAUGCUGUGCAAGAGGUUUUAGAAUCACUCUCUCUUGUAUGGGACAAGUUCUCGUUUUUACUGAUUCCUUACCAUGUAUUGUGAGAUCCGUUCUGAUUGUAUCCUCUACAAUUCUUUAAGUGCAGCUUUUGUGCUUGUCAUUAAGUGCAUUAAUUUUGUUCUCUGAAGUCAUAAAAUAUAUGUUAAUAGGAUCUAUAAGAAAACACACAACAAACAACAAUAAAUUCCAACCAGGCUAUGGAAAUACUA